AUGGCGUCUGAAAUCCCUCCUGAGGGAGAUCCCCUUGUCGCCACCCUCCCCCCGGCGACCGACUACAUGACCUAUCUUACCCUGUUGGAAUUCCAAUUAACUCCUCAGAAUCUCCCAACACUCAGCAGACUACUAGGCGAUGAUGAUGGUACCCUGGCCAAAGAAAUUGGCUGGGACCUGCUUAAGCUGGUGCUGCGAUUCUUGGGUGACGCUCCAGACGAAGCCAACAAGUGCUUGGAGAUUAUUGCCCGCAGAGGCAACCCCCGAGAGGUGGUAGUGCGAGUAGCCGAGGAACUAGAGAAAUUGGGCGAUGGCGAAGACGACGACGAUCUCAAUGUGGAUGACAAUGACGACGAUGAGCUGCCCACGUUUACAGGCGAGGCCCCUCGAGUCCAUCUUGGAGCCAUGGCUUUGGACGGCAUGCCUCCUGUCAAGGCAAAAGCUACUGAAGCUGCUACUGCUACUGCUACUGCUACUGCUACUGUCGAACCCACCAGCGAAGCGGCCACCCCUGCACAACCACCGCCUGCUAACAGGGCAUUGAAGUUGCAAUCUCUCUUCAACAUGCUCGGGAUUCUCCAUCCAAGAAUUAAGACACAGUUCCCAAGCCGCUUCCUCGCCACAUCUCUGCCAGCAGCCCUAGGAGCAUACAGGCAUGUUCCCAUUACCACCGCCAGCACACUGUCUUUUCUGGCCGUUCUAGAACAGCUGGCCGGCAAGACACGACCACCACUUCCACCGCGAGCGAGCGAAACACAAGUUCCACUGGCGGCCACAGCGACCACAGCGACAUCGACAGCGACAUUGCCAGACCCGGAGGCCAAGACCGAAGAGGCAGAGAAAGGCGGGGGCGUCAACGUGCCAUCCCACGACGAAAAGGCCAUUAUUUCCCGGCUGUUGCACGCUGUCCUGCUCGAGAUCUUGGACGAAUACCUAUCGUCUCUUUCAGACGACCAGUUCCCAUCCAUGUCAUGGACCAGCCGACUACGCGAGAAACUCGAACCUCAGAAGCUCCUCCCACGUAAAGGAACCGAGACCCAACUGUUCGAGGGCUCACCCGAACUCCAGGCACGAGAAGCCGUGCUUUCGAAGGUGCAGAAGAUCAGCCUGGAUCUGGGCUGCGAUGCAUCCGCCGAGAUCAAGCGGCUCGUGCACGCGGACGACGUCGACGACGACGACGGACUCGAAGCGGAAACAGAGGAAGAACCGUCCGAGUACCCGACAUCUCCGUCUCAGAUCCCGCUCCCACAGAACGGAGUCAUCUUCCUCUACGCAUACCAGUCGUACCUGGACGCAGUCGGCGCUGGCGCCGGCGGCACCUCCAACCCUGGGGCUUCACUGCUUUCCAUCCCGGCGAUUGCUCAGCUGAUCGACCAUUCCUCCCCUCUCUCAGCAACCCCAGCGAUCCCAUCGGCCGCGCUGUUAGACUCGCUCCUCUCCCUGCUCUACCGACAAGCACUAACCGUCUCCCAACACGUUGAAGCCCAACACCAACAACAACAACAACAACAACAACAACAACAACAACAACAACAACAACAAACACCCCCACCGCCUCCUACACCCUCCCGUCCCGUCCCGUCCCCGGCCAAAUUCCUCCUCCUGAUCAGCACCCUCACGCAACUCUUCAGCAUCACACCGUGGCCCUCCCUGCGCGACUCCGCGCACCGCAUCGCAAGCCAACUCCUGCACGCGUACCCAAAUCCAUCGGUCCGCCUGCAGAUCAUCGCGCAGACGAUCGAAGGCAGCACGCUGAGCUCCAACUGGGCGGAGUUCGAAGAGGACCCAGACCCACAGCCGGGCAUCGACGAGGAAACGGGCCUCACGCGGAGCACGUCGGCGCUGGAGCCGCAUCCCAUCCCGCUUGCGCCGCCGCAGCAGCUGGGCGUGCUGAAGGCUGUCGGCGUCGAUUGGUUGAAGGAUGAGGUCGUGCGGUUUUUGAGCGUGCGGCGACUGCAGGGAGGCCAGCAAGCAGCCUCUGGACCUGCAGCUACAGAGCCGGGCUUGGACCCGAAUCUGAUCAUGGACGAAAAGCACGAGGCGGAGAUCAAAGGCAACGAAUCGGCGCUCCUGGAUCUCCUAUUCCCCAAGGAGCUGCCGGCGCUUGGUGUCGUCGAUCUAGCUCCAGGAGGGGGAGCUGAAGGAGAGCCAGAGGCAGAGGCAGAAGCAGAAGACAAAAUAUCCGACUUCUUGCUGCACAUCCCCUUCUACAUCUCGACGUUGAAUCUGCUCAGCAUCAUCCUCGCACCACAGCCUAAGCCUCAGCCUGGGUCUCCCGCUCCGUCCUCGAAUUCCGCAUCGUUCACGAGCCGCGUCUCCGCGCAUGUCACCUCGCUGGGCGCGUCACUGAAGGUCCUUACGUCUUUGCUUUCACAGGCGUCGUCGACUGCUGAUGAUGGAUCCGCCGGCGACGCCUAUCUGGCUGAGAGCCGAGCGGACGUCUUUGCGCUACUGGACGCGUAUGAGCGCGCGUGUGUGGUCUUGGGAGAGUGA